UGAUGUGGGGGUACAUUUUUUGACACGACACCAGUAAACGCCAUUUUACCAUUGAACGGGGCCAGUGAAGAAGCACCGAGGAACACCAGCAAAGGUGAGUCGAAAUGGGGAAUUUUGCAAGCCUUUUUAGAGGACUGUUUGGCAAGAAAGAGAUGAGGAUCCUGAUGGUAGGACUAGACGCUGCUGGAAAGACCACUAUCUUGUACAAACUUAAACUGGGAGAAAUUGUUACCACCAUCCCUACCAUUGGGUUUAAUGUUGAGACUGUAGAAUUCAAGAACAUCAGUUUCACAGUGUGGGAUGUUGGUGGUCAGGACAAGAUCAGACCCCUCUGGAGGCAUUAUUUCCAAAACACACAAGGCCUUAUCUUUGUGGUGGACAGUAAUGACAGAGAGCGAAUUGCAGAAGCGAAAGAGGAGCUGAUGCGAAUGUUGGCCGAGGACGAGCUGAGGGACGCCGUGCUGCUUGUGUUUGCUAAUAAACAGGACCUGCCGAACGCCAUGAAUGCUGCUGAGAUCACAGACAAACUGGGUCUGCAUUCCCUUCGUCACCGUAACUGGUAUAUCCAGGCCACAUGUGCUACCAGUGGAGAUGGGCUCUACGAGGGUCUGGACUGGCUUUCGAACCAGCUAAAGAACGCAAAAUGAUUCAUCUCUCCCGGUCUGUCAGCUCUGUCUGCAGUGUUUAUUUUUAUUUUAUUUUUUUGGGAGUCGGCACUGGUCCUGGUCUCACUCUCUCUUCACUCUUUCUUUUUCCUCUGAAUUUUUAUUUAAUUUUUAUUUUUUUGGACCAAUGGCCAGUGCCGCUCUGCAUCCGUGUACUGUAUGUGUGUGUGUGUGUGUGUGUUUGGAUAAGUAUCUGUGAGCGUAUGAAUGAGUUAAUGUGUGUUUGUGUCGAGCUAAGUGGGAGCAGCCCUGCUGUGCCUUGAACACAGUUAGCUCUCAGUCAACUCAUUCCUCCAGCGUCAGCACAUCCAGAGGCGCUGGGUUCCACCAAGAAAAACGCAACGCACCGUCCCGAGUGCUCUGUGUCUUCUCUAAAGAAUGUUUAAGAGAAAAAAACCAAAUGGCAACAAUUCUUUCUUCUUUUUUUUAGGUACAUUAAAGCAUUUUGAUAUCAGUUUCCAACAAUCAACUGUAAUAUCCUGCAGCAGUGUGUUAAAUUAUUAGUGUUGCUUUCUUUUCAUGAUCAAAUAAUUAAACCCUAAAAACAAGUGUGUUAAAAAUAUUGUAGAUUCCUUAUGAUCAUAGUUUCUGUGUUGAUUUUUUUUAUUCUGUUUAGUCACAUUUUUGAUGUUAAAUAUGGCUUUGAGUUUUUUCAUCAGGUUCGAAUCCUUAUUUUUUGUUUUUAGUGUAAUAGGUCAAAAGAUCCCAUGUGCUUGGAUCUGGUAAAGGCAAUAAAUGUUGCGGUGCAUGUUUACAUAUUUGGAGGAGUGGAACUAUUGCAUGGAUUGCCGUUUCUGUCCUUAAGGSCUGUGUGGGCUUUAGCUUUUCAUUCUAAGUUGCUCCCACUUCUGCUCUUUAUUUACCGGUAGACUUGCUUUUCUCUUGUGAGUAGCUCCUUGGCUUAGGUUUGUUUUAUUAUCUGUUCUUAAUUUAAUAUUACUGUUCUUUCUUGGAUGACCUGGUUUUACUUUAUUUUCACUUGCCAGGUGUGUUGUCCUUUCAAAAUAAAAUGCUUUAGGGACCAAAUGGUUUGCUUUAGAAAAGGUCUCGUCGUGUUCGGGUCAGUUCUGGAUUCAUCUGCAGAGCAGGAGGCCACAAGCGUUUGUAUUCUUCGUCGGGCACGCGCGUUCUUUCAGCUGCGUUGUCUGUGCUGUGGUAGAUGGCACUUAGUGUUUCAAUCAGCCGUAUAAAUGCAUUUUCAGCUGUUUUGUGCUUCAGACUGAGGUACUUCCUCUCUUUGGUUUGACAUGAAAUUCAACCAUUUGUACAACUUCAUCAGAUUGCUCAACACAGACGCGCGUUAAGACAGCUGUUUAGUCGCUCCCCAUUUCUCUACACCAGCAGAUAUAAGAAUGUUGCUUGAAUUUAACCAGAAUAGUUUUCCUCUUUAAACCUGUUUUUUUUUUUGUUCCGAAGGCGUUUUCUGAUUUAAAAUAAAAAUAAAACCAGUCCACACUGAGUGAAGAUGACUGCACAGUUAUUUUACAAUGACCUCAACUGGGAGCUUUAAGUUCCCCUCUCUUCUUUUUUUUUUCUUUCUAUAACUGGACAUUUUUCUUUGAAAGUUUUAUAAAAACAGGUUUUUUGUCCUUCUGUUACAGUAUUCCUUAAACAAAUGUUAAGCCGUUUUAAGAACAAGUAAAGGUAAAUGAAAAGAAAUAAUAAAGUCUAAAAGAAAUACUGUAAAAGUGUUUAAAAUUAACUUGUCAUCCUUUGGUCAGAUGUGAAGCUUUAAUUUGCAAAAGUUUGUGUAUAUGUAUUUCUUUUUCUUCUUUUUACGCCUUUUGAAAAWUCAUCCUGUAACCUCUGAUAAAUGCACUAUAAUAAAGAGUAUCUAUUAUA